CAAAGACGGGUACAGCUCCUUGGGCAGCAGGCGCGUGACAGGGAUCGGCGACGGCAUGGUGACUGAGGAACAGGUGAGUUCAGAUCCUGUGAUGGACCUGAGACCUGUCCACUGACCACCACAGAUUGUCUGCAGCUCCCAGUGAAUGUGCACAGAAAAGCAGGUGCGAAUGGAUAAAAAUGCUCGCAAAGUUCGUGACCAGGACAUAAAUCCAUGCCUUGAGGAAAGCGAUGCCUCCCAGAAAUGUUUGGAUGUCCACAACUAUGAUAGGAGCAUGUGUUCAGCCUAUUUCCAGAAUUAUAAGAACUGCAGGGCAUAUUGG